GACAUUUAUAUAAAUAUGAUGAAAAUCUCCAAAACCGUACAUACAAGCUCCGCUUGUUGUAGAAGACACAACAAUUUGGGUGGCCAGCGAUUAGCUAAUCGAUAUGGCUACUUAUAAGAAAUUGGCUAUGUUAGCCAUCCUAGUAGGCAGCUGCCAUGCCGGAGGAUACCACUACCCUCAUGGAAGCUCGUAUAGCAGUGGACUCUCGGCUCCCCCACCAUUGCCUGCCACUUCGAGCUUCUCACCGAGCAGCUUCCCCGCUGGAUCUCUACCCUCAGCUACAUAUUCCGGCUCGGGCGGAUCCAUUGGAGAUAUCAACCACAGUCUGGGAUCUAGCAUUCUUGGAUCCAGUGGCCUGGGUAACAUCGGUUCAAGCGGCCUUGGUGGAUCAUCCAUCAUCGGAGGUUCUGGCCUUGGAGGAUCCCAUUACACCGGAUCACUCGGCAGUGGCAAUCUGGGAUCUUUUGGAGGAAGCAACCUAGGUAGCUCCAUUCCGUCUGGUUUUGGAGGUUCCAUCGGAUCUGGAAUUGGAACCGGACCAGGUAUUGGAUCAGGAAUUGGAAGUUCCCUCGGAGGUAGCUCGCUGGGAGCACCCCUCGGCGGCUCUUUCAGCGCACCUGCUUUUGAUUCCGGAAUCGGCGGAUCAAACUUAGCCGCCCCACUCGCUCCAUCUCUGCCUCUGCCUGCAACUGGAUCUUUUUCAAACGCAGGUGCGGUUGAUGGGUCCGCUCCCACCGUUCCAGGCGGCGAACCUCCACCACCCGGACCUAAGGCUCCAGUUAUCACAUCAAUUCACGGACUGGCUAAUGGCAAUGGAGCCCCGACCCGAUACAGUGUCAGAGAGGAACCUUACCAAGUCUUCAGGGAACAAAUCCACCGAGUACCCCAGCCGGUGCCCGUGCCCGUGCCGCAACCUGUACAAGUCCCAGUCCCACAGCCUUACCCCGUGCAAGUACCAGUGUAUAAGGACGUCCCAGUGCCCGUUGUAAAGAUCCAACAAGUCAAGGUUGACAAGCCAGUACCUUACCCAGUCGAAAAGAUUGUCAGAGUACCCGUAGAGAGGGUAGUAGAAGUUCCUGUGGAGCGUCGCGUUCCUGUUGAAAAAAUAGUGAAAGUGCCCGUUGUUAAGCUGAUCAAGGUGCCGUAUCAUGUGGUUAAGAAGUACCCAGUCCCUGUGUUCAAGACCGUGCACCACAAAGCAGUGGCACAUCAUCACUCUCACGGCUGGCACGCUCCCCCACCUCACUAUCACGACCAUCACGAUCUCCACGACCAUCACGACCAUCACGAUCUCCACGACCAUCACGAUCUUCAUGGCCAUGACGACCACCUCGAUAUCCAUGAUCACGAGCACGACCUGCACGACCACGGCAGCCUCGGACUCGACCAAGGAAUCGACCACCACCACCACGGCUGGAACUAA